UUUGAAAAAUCAAACCGACAGAAUUCAAACGUAAUAAGAGCAACAGGUGACGUCGGUUACUCUGCUCGUUGACGCUCUGCUCUGCGUUAAAUUGUGUUUGAUACAAGUUUCUUCGUAAUCGUAAUUGUAAAGGAAUGGCAGAAUUCAAAACGCCAAAGUCGCAAAAGCGGCCGAGUAACACGGUGAGUACACCUGCAAGCCUAGGUACGCCUUUGAAGAUCCCAUCGUCACCGUUUCUGCAAAAAUUAGGUUACGGCACCGGUGUUCACGUUUUUACGUUGGAGCGGUCACCUAGAGUUGGCUUUGUUAGGUCUCCAUGGGCAAUAAAAAAAGUAAAUACUUUUGGCCGUAAGGAUGUGACUUACAGUGAUCGUAUUCAAAUCGAAGCAGACAUUCUUAGAAGCCUAAGUCAUGCAAACAUAGUUGGCUACCGAGGCUUUGUUAAAAGCGAUGGUCUGCCUUGCCUUGCUAUGGAACAAUUAGAUGCUUCUUUAGGGGACAUGAUUGAGGAUAUGGUAAAUGAUGGAAUCAUGGAGCCUUUUCCCGCAGCAGAUAUAUUAAGCAUAAGUUUUGAGAUUGCCAAAGGCUUGGAAUACCUUCACCACGAGGCCCACAUUCUGCAUGGAGACUUAAAGAGCUUCAACAUUUUGAUAUCCAAGGACCGAUCGCUAGUGAAAAUCUGUGACUUUGGAGUUGCUCUACCACUAACGGAGUCCUUGGAACUUGAUCUAUCAAAAGCAAAAAGUGGUUAUAUAGGAACGGAAUGUUGGUCUGCGCCAGAAGUCUUGAAUGAUUCACAUGCUGCCACCAACAAAGCAGAUAUGUGGGCUUAUGGCAUAGUCGUAUGGGAAAUGAUAUCUUUAUCACUGCCUCACAUACAUUCUGAUGAGUCUCUAGACGGCAGUUACCUUCAAGGAAAAGAUGCGGAAUCAAUGGACACAUCUAUUUCUGAAGACUCAGAAGAGAUCAAUAAAUAUUAUGGUACAAGACCGGCUUUACCUGCAAUUGAGUUGGGUUCAGAGUACCAAAAUGUUCUGGAGCUAUUCCAUAUCUGCACUGAAUCGGACCCCAAAUGUCGCCCUAGUGCCAAGGGAGUUGUAAUGUUUUUUACCAAUUAUGUUUAUGCCAACUUUGCUUAGAACACUGCGACCAUUGUCAACAUCUCCCGUAGCUUUUCCAGCAAAGUAUUCGACACAGUUUAAUCUCUCACCCUAGAAAAAUUAUUUCCAAUCAGACCAUAAUCAAUUUUAAGUAAAAAUGGUAACACUCACCUGCUUUUCUACGAGGAAUGCCAUUUCUACAAACAUAUCGCGCACUUCAGUGAUUGAUUUUUCUAUCCUUAGAAAUUCAUCAUGCCUUGUUUGUAGAUUUGACAGCUGUAGUGCAACUGUGCGAGUAUCCUGCAAAAUCUGGUCAAAAAUAGAAAAAAAUGCCUUAUAAUUAUGAAAUAAGGAAUGAUUUCUGUAAAUAUAAGUAUUGUUGCAAUUGCGCUCAAGGUAAUACUACUUGCAUUGUCUACAAAUAGAUCAGUUUCUUUACUAUCGAGCAUCUGCUGGAAUUCUUCGCCAGUGCAUUCUUUCUUUGCUAUGGAAGAUAUUUUAGAUUAGUUUAUCCAGACGAAAGAAUAAAUUAUAAUAGGCCAGA